CCACCUCUUCCCUCCCCUCCGCCACCCUGGCAUCCCCUCCCAGCCACAGUCACAUUCCACCACCUCAUAUAUCACCCGUCUAGCCCAAAUCACACGCUCCUUUCUCUUUCUCUAUCUCUAUCUCUAUGCUUCUCGACCCGCGCCAAUGUGUUUCCUGUCCCAGUCCCGCUCCGUCCUGCGCCUGUGCUACCGAUGAGUCUUGCCAGCAGAUCAGCCAGAAUUGCCAGGCGUGCGCAACAUUCACCUGUGUCCCGACCAGCACCUCGUCUGGCAGUGGAGGUGGUGGGGUCAGCGGUGGCGCAGUCGCUGGUGCCGCGAUAGCAGCCAUCCUUGUCCUCGUUGGCGCUCUUAUCGUCUACUUGCUCUAUCGUCGCCGUCUCCGCCAGCAAAAGGCAGCAGCAGAAGCAGCAAAUCCCAAAGACGUACCCGCUUCAGCAGCAGAUGUCCUCAACAGGCCAGACCCUGCAGAAAAGCCUCCCUCUCCCCCUCCCGUCGAUCAGGAACGCCUCAGAGUCCAGAGUGCCUCCAGCUACCAGCAGUCCGCCCAACGCCUCUCACGUCUCUCACGUGGUCCCUCUGCUGUCGACCAUUGGGGCGCUCCCAUAUCGAUACAUAAUCCCUUUGAAGACGCCGAGUCCAUUCAGACAACCUCUUCUGCUGCGCAAGGCACCAACGUUAUACCCAUCGGUCUUGCUCCAGAAUCCACUCGCGAGUCGAAACGCACCUCCAACACGUCUUCGGGGCCCGCUCGUCCCGCCCGUGCUCCCGACCUCACCCUAAACGAGAGUGGUACUCCCAGCACCGAGCAUCUGCCCCAGCCCAAGGCCGGCCGCGCCCAGUCCAUCCGCUCAUACAUGACAAAUGGCAGUUACUCAAGCGAGUUCUUGAACGAGGCCCCCAUGAUCGUCACUCAGAGCCAACGCCAGGUCUUCGGCGUCGUCAAGGCAGAGGUUAUCCACGCAUCCGGUAACUCCACUCCCACUUCUCACCUGUCCCAAGACAGCCUCAAGCCCCCCUCGAAUGCGUCCCGUCCCUCCAUCCGCUCGCCUCUCGCCGCUUCUUCCUUUGCUCCCAGCGAUUCCCCCGACGAAGCAGAGGAGCAUGAUUCCUCACCCCGCUCUCGCUCUGGUACGGACCCCUUCGACGACCGCAAUCAGCGUUCGCCGAGCAGCCCGACCACUACUUUUGGGCACUCACACGGUUCAGAGAGCAACAGUCCUUCUCGCCCCGCCAGCGUCUAUACCAACGCAGGCUCCGUCAUUGAUAUCGGCAGUGCUACGCGUGUUAACGUUGGCUAUACCAGCGGGAACAGUCUCGGUACCGUAAAGUCCCCCAUGACCGCAAAGGCCAGGCUUCUCUCGCCCACAUCGCCUUCAUCUCAGACCUCGAUAUCGACCAAGCAACCUGGUAGUCUCGAAGAGCAGCAACAACGUGCUCUCGCUCACGCACAAGCUCGCGCCCAUGCGCAGGGUGGCCACGGCAGGCGCAUCUCGGCCGCAUCGUCGGUCGUUUCCACUGCUACCAGGGCAGACUCGAUCCUCGAAUCGUUCCCCUUCGUCCCUCCGUCACCUAUCUCGUCGAGACCUGUUCGGUCCCCACCGCGGUCACCCCUGAACCAGCAGUUCACCCAGAACGCUGACCAGGCAUCUGCCAAGGAUUCCCAGGCACGAACUUCUCCGCCUUCCAGUGCCCGCGAAGACAAGAGACCAGAGUCGCCGCUGGAUCCGCCGCCGAGCCGAAAGAUGCUCGGCAUGUCGACGGCCUCGCAGUUGUCAACGACCUCGACUGGCCUCGGCGCGUUCCCGUUCCAAAUCGAGAAUGAGAACGGCAAUGGGAGUCAGUCGCGUCCGAACUCCAGUGCACCUCAGAACGUCGAGGGCCGGCAGCGGGCGAGUCUGGACACGCUCGCACUGAUGGGCGACAUCUCGGCGUACCCACUCGGGUACGACAAGGAGCCGAUGCCUCAGCUGCCUGACCGGUUCAAGCGGUGAGCGUGUUAUCCCAAGAGAUCCUUGGGAGGUGCAUCGGGAUUGCUGCGGAGGGGCGUGGUGACCAGCCAGCCGGACUUGCUUGUUGACGCCUCACUUCCCGUUCUCACUGGCCGGCGCUCGUUCGGCUGGUCUGAGAGCAUGUGUCUGUGUGUACAACAACAUCAUCAAUCAGUAAUCAUAGUGUACUCCUCGUUUGAUCCCUGGUGCGGGUUUUCUUUUCAUCCUUCAAUGCGUAGAUCCGCUGUGCGUAGCGACACCUCGGGAUGUGGCUGACUCGGCAGUCUGCUGAGCUCGCUUCUUUUCCUUCUCAUAUACCUCCACAUUAGCUUGAUAUCAUCACCUCUUUUUUAACCAGAAAGGACUGUUCGUCGUCCUUCAUUUCGAGCGUCUGUAGCUUUACUCGCUCGCUUGCUUGUGGCCGGGGUUUUAUUUCUGUUUUGAGUGGUAUAUUUAUGUUGUUGCAUUCAGAUUUCUCCAGUACUUACGUUGCAUUUUUACUUGUCUUUCCAUUCUUUCUUUCAUGUUCUUGUUUUUCUUUUGCACAAUGUGCAUAAUUAGAAUGGAUUGGACUGCGAUCUACUGGAAUGAAACUUGCAUGACAUUUGGAGUAUUAUGUU